AUGGCGCAGACACAGACAGUGCCUAAUUUUGAUAAAUUUAAUUUCCAGUUGGAGAGAUUUGCUAAGCAGGAGCUGGGAUUGAAGCUGGAUAGAGAUACGCAGAUAUGCCAGGAUAACCUCACAGCGACGGGAUGUCCACGCGGCUACAGCUGUCCUUAUCGGCAUACAGAUCCCGCGCCGAAGAAUUUCGAGCCAUUGCCGCUGCUGCCCACCAACAUACGCGAGAGAGAGCGCGCUGUUACAGUCUGCAAGCACUGGCUUAGGGGUUUGUGCAAGAAGGGCGACGCUUGCGAGUUCCUCCACGAAUAUGACCUCAGGAAGAUGCCUGAAUGCUGGUGGUUUGUGAAAUGGGGGUGGUGCGCUAACGGAGAAGAAUGUCUAUACAGACAUACAAGCAAGGAGGGUCGUAAGAACGAGUGCCCAGAGUACUUGCGCGGUUUUUGCAAAAGAGGUCCUUUCUGUCCAUUCAAGCACGUACGGCGAGCUGCAUGUGCAGCGUAUCUUGCUGGUUAUUGUCCAGAUGGUCCUGAAUGUGGACUUGGACAUCCAAAAUCAACACUACCAAAGCCAUACAGCCUAGAAGACGCAGAUCCACCACCAGUACCUGAUCCUGAACUCGGACCUCCACCUGGAUACAUGGGUUACUCAUAUGAGAGAGGACCUUGGGAGUCGCGUAGAUUCGGUGCAGGCUUUGGUGGUGAGCCUGGUCAAGGAAUCGCGCAUGGAAUUGGUCCAGGUGGAGUGAGUCAUGGUAGACCACAGUCUUAUAAAGGAGAGAAGAUGGUUAUGCCGAAUAGUGGAUCAGGCCCUGGAGAGCCUUUCAUCAGAAAUGUAAAUCAGAAGCCACGGGACAGUCAAAAUGCACAAGUGCGACGUGGAUUAGAGAACAUAUUGUGCUUCAAGUGUGGACAGCACGGCCACUACGCCAAUCAAUGUCCAAAUAAGAUGGCACAAGGACGACAAAGACAGCCGCAGAACUGA